AAACUAUAUAUGUAUGUAAGUAUGUAUCUGAUAACAACAAAACUGAUAACACCACCUGUUUCCACGUUUCUUUUUCGCAUAGUCAAGAAAAAUGUUCAGUUAUUUCACCAGAACUAGUGUCGACCUUCAGACUGCUCGUGAACGAAAUGCGGAAUUAAAAGCAAAGGAGGAGAAACUGCUAAAGGAAAUCAAAGAUUUAGAAAGCGUUAUAAAAUCAAAUAGUUUAGAAGCAGCUGAGUCUAAUAAAAAAUUGCUAGUUUUACUCAACGAUGUUCCGAAACAGCGCAGGAAAAACAAUCAAAAUGAACAAGCCUUGGAAAUUGCCAACGAAAUUAAAGAUUUCGUCGACUCUUCUGUUUCGAACAUUAACUCCUUGCAUCAAUCUUCCAUGACAGAGUUAGAACAGAUCUCUGAACGAUUAUCAACAGAAGACUUGCAAACACUCGUCGAAGAAUUGGUGAAAAAACGAAUGAACAUUGCGGAACAGAACGAAACAAUCGUUCAAUUGCAGAAAGAGAAAAAAUCUCUCGAGUGUGACAUUCAAGAUUUUAAAUGUCAGACUCCCCAUUCGGUACAUUAUUUCCAAGAAGAAUUCAACGAAUAUAGAAUACGAGAGGAAACCCAUUUGACCGAUUUUAAGCAAGUCAAAAGUGAACUUGUAAAAUUAAAAAACGAAAUGAGUUUAGUAUUUGCAGAGAAUAAAAAAGAUUGUGGACGUGAAGAUAAAGCUGGUGGUGAUGUUGAAAAUUUGGUUGUUCGGUUAAAAUUUUGGGGUCAAGACACUGCUGAAUUGGACAGACUAAAGAUCGAAAAAGAAUUAAUUGAAGAUCGAAUACUUAAUUGGCAACACGAAGCCGAAAUAUGCAAGCAAAGGAUCGAACACUUAAAAAAGAUAUUGAACGAACUAAAAUGUAGGGCAGAGAUGAAGCAGAAAUUCCAAAGGAACUUGGACGAUAAUUUAAAUCAGCUUUUGGCCGAAGAAGUGAAAUUAACAAGAAAAAGAGAAGAAGUCAAAAAAGACACAAAUGAAAUGGAAUUAAGAUACAUAAAUCACUUGAUUAGCUUCCAGGAAAGUCUAGACGAAAAAGACAAAGUAAUAAACACAUACACAACUCUAUUAGAAUCUUCCACCAAAAUCCAAAAAAAUUAUGAGUUACAGAACGAACAAUUGGAAAAAAUAGAAGAACUCGAACUGGAGGUCGCAAAUUUAGAAGAACAAAUAAAAAUUUAUCGUGACUGCAAUUAACUAGGUAUUACAUGAUAUACAAGUACAAUUUAAAUUUUGAAUAAUUGAAACAAAUUCAUUGCGUGAUUCUGUUCUUUUUAGGCAUUUUUUAUUAUUACAAGCCACACAAAUUAUAAAUGAGUAGCCAUGUCAAUGUAAGGAAAAAAAAUGAGAACAAAAAAAGUGGUUGGUUAGAAAUGUAAAUAAGUGCUCAAUUACAUUCACAUCACGCAAACCAA